UCAUUGCACAUGUUCUUUUUCUUUUUCGGCGCUAAGUGUCCUGUUUUUGUGUUGUCUUUUUGUACUUAUUGGCUUCUGUCUGUUCAUUCAGAGCUUACUGGGGAAAUGAUAGCCUUGAUGGAAGACAGGAGGAAGGAGGAAAACCGAGUCUCUUGCUUGACUAGGAAGGAAUAUAGCUAUCAGAAAUCCUGCUGCUCUGUAGCCUGGUAUUAUAAAAACAACAGAAAGGAGAGAUUAGAAUAAAGAGACUGGAAGCAUUUUAAGGGAAGCAGGAGGAAAGAAACAUGUUCAUCCCCUUCUGCACUAUGUUAGCUAAAAAUUAAUUUAGUCUUGUAUCAAAAGUAUCUAAAAGUCCCAUGCUACAUUCAUACUUUUUUAUGCUACCUUUUUAAAGUAUUCAUGCAACUGGCUUCUUCACUGAUUUCAGUUCUUAACUUCUUUGUAGUGAGCUAUAAAAUGUGUCACGCUCACAUGCCCUUUGUAUCCAGGACAUGAUCAUUUGGAAGAAAUGACCAAACAUUGGAAAUGAAAACACUCUGAUGAACAUGUAACCAGAAAACUGGCAAGUUCUCGCUAGACAAUGGACUCCUUCAAGUACAACUGGCAGGUCCAUGGCGAUCAGAUUAACCAUGUUGGGCUUGGGGAUCUUCAGUGGAUCUUUUAGUGUGUCUGAAGAAUCGGACAGCAUGAACUGCAAAGCCUCUGGAUCGAACUUCUCCCAGGUCUUAUAGAACAUCUCAAAGUCUUUCUCUCAUAAAAGCUCGCUGCUCUCCUCCGUUGCCACUUUCUUUUUUAACAUAGGCGAAGUUGGACAUGUGUGGGAAAAUUUUUUGAAACAUUUGCUUUCCAUGCGUCUAAUCAUUAAGUACAUCUGAAUCAGUAAGGGUAGGUUAAAAUUUACCUUAAUCAACUUAUCAACUUGAUUUCUUUCCUUUAGUCUUUAAGACAAAUCUAAUUCAGUUUUAAUCAUUAAAACUAACAAAGAGACAUUGCUAGGUAAAUCGAGACAAAGUGUUUAAUCAUUAAACUUACUCAGGUAUGCUUAAUCAAGUGAUGAUUUUAAGGUAAUAUAACUAAGUUGCUUCGAUCAUUUCCAUAAACAAUGUUGUCUGUCUAAUUAUCGUAUCUAAUCUACGGGUUAUCUGAUUAUCUAAUAAUGCUUUCAGUAUUAAGCACCUUUCAUAAUCAUUAGUCAACAGCUAAACUUAUAGCAAAUAGAUGCAAAAAAGAGAGAUGAGCAAAACCAUCUGAGUCAUCGUUAGUUAGAAUUAUUUGAACUUUCUGGCGCCUAUGGUCUGGCUUUGGCGUAAACAACAUAAGGGCACAAGCUCGCAUAAUAUAGCAUAUUAUGGCGCUGGCUCCACUGAGACCGAAAAAACAUGUUGAUGAAGAUCCAGAAUCCUUGGGCUUAGGGACGAGAACACCAUAACAGGUUUAUCUGACAUGUUCGAGAGAGAGCGUAAGGUCAAUCUAAAAAUAAUUAAAGUUUAUAUAAAUUGCAUAUAAUCAAUUUGGAUUGGCUAGAUACGUGGGAGCUAAACCAUUUAGAGCCUUGUAUGUGAGUAGUGCUAGUUUAUAAUCAAUUCUAAGUUUAACAGGUAGCCAGUGCAGGGAUGAUAAUAUUGACGUUAUAUGAUCAAAUUUUCUUGAUCUGGUAAGAACUCUGGCGGCUGCAUUCUGGACCAACUGUAGCUUGUUUAUUGAAGAUGCAGGACAACCACCUAGUAAUGCAUUACAAUAGUCCAGUCUGGAGGUCAGGAAUGCAUGAACUAGCUUUUCUGCAUCAGAUACAGAUAAAAUGUUCCUAAGCUUGGCAAUAUUUCUAAGGUGGAAGAAGGCUGUUUUUGUGAUAUUGGAAAUAUGAUUAUCAAAGCACAAGUUGCUGUCUAAUAUUACAUCCAGGUCUUUCACUGUUGAGCUAGUAGUAAUAGUACAUCCUUCUAAAUGCAAGCUGAAUUGUGAGAGCUUCUGUGUACUGGUUUUUGGACCAAUAAGUAAUAACUCUGUCUUACCAGAAUUUAGUAAUAGAAAAUUAUCGGUCAUCCAAUCUUUUAUAUCUUUGACACACUCAGUUAAUCUGGACAAUUUAGAUUUCCUCUGGUUUUGAUGAGACAUAUAACUGGGUAUCAUCGGCAUAACAAUGGAAACUAAUCCCAUGUCUUCUAAUGAUGUUAUCCAAGCGAAGCAUGCAUUACACUGGACAGUUCUCCAUUUACAUCUACAAAAUAGUAUCGAUCAGACAGGUAGGCUCUAAACCAUUCAUAAGAUCCAUAAACCAUAAGAUCAAGCAGGACUAAAAUGGAGAUGCAGCCUUGGGCCGAAGCUAAAAACAAGUAAUUUGUGAUUUUAACUAGUGCAGUUUCUGUACUAUGAUGGGGCCUAAAACCUGACUGAAAUUCUUCAAAGAUGUUGUUUUCCUGUUAGAAGGAUCAUAUUUUAGCUGACACCACCUUUUCUAAUAUUUUAGAUAUAAAUGGAAUAUUUGAAAUCGCUCAAAAAUAUAAACAGUAGCAAAUCAAGGAAAUGAAUCGAGCACAUCACACAUACAUCACAUACAUCACACAUACAUCACAUACAUUACAAAUACAUCACACACAUUACAAAUACAUCACACAUACAUCACACACAUGCAACUAAGGUUUGCCAAAGUUGGAAGAGACGACUCUGUGUGCAUUUACAAAGAAAUGCUAAUCCUCUAGAGGAAGUUUAGUUAGUAAAUCAAGCUGCAUUUUGCUCAAAAGAAAGUGUUAAUUUCCUCUAUGUCUGGAGAAUUUUCCAGACAUCCUGCAGUCUGCACACUAAUAACCUCAAUAAUGACACCUGUGCAGCCAGCAGAGACAACAUGACACACACCACAGUGUUAGAUUAGUGUGAUAUCUACACCCAAGUUGCACUUCCUCCAUCCGCUUAAAUAUAUCACUGACGCACACACACACACACAGACACACACACACGCACACACACACACACACACACACACACAUACUCAUGCUAUCUACAUGAUAGUUGUAUAAUGUAGUGUAGACUUCAAGACUGCUGUAAUUUUAAAUUCUACCAGGUCUAUAGGAGAAUAUUUAUAUAUAGGAGAACACACACUUGUAACCCAGGAUUACCUCAGAGAUCAGAACAGACAGGAGUUUAGAUAUGCGUAAUAUGCGUUCAAGAGAUGAUGGUUCACCAGAAUGCGAAUACGCAAAUUGGGAGAAACCCCGGAAUACCAGGAACGUAGACAAGCAGGAUCCUCAAUGCUCAGGAGGUGAUACAGCAUGGAGCAGAUGUUCCAGGUUGAUGGCAGUGUGUGCAGCGCUGCUGUGUGUUCUCCUGCUGAUCGUCGCUAUACUGCAAUCAAUAAAACUCAACAACAUGACCGAGGAAAGAGACCGGUUGCAGUUCAGUUAUGACAGCAUGACCUCAAGGAGAGACCAGCUUCAUGCUGAGAGAGAUAAACUGCAGAAGAUGUUGAAUUAUACCAUCCAGCAGCGUCUGAGAUACUUCACCACAAAGCGCAUGGGCUGGAACGAGGCAAGACGGGAAUGCAGAUCAAGAGGAGCCGACCUUGUGAUCAUCAACAACCAAAAAGAACAGGAGUACCUCAGUCAGAUGGUUAUUGGUGAGGCUUGGAUUGGUCUCAGUGACAGUGCUGAAGAGGGGAAGUGGACGUGGGUGGAUGGUACAAAUAUAACCACGGGGUUCUGGUGGCAAGGAGAACCAAAUAACUAUGAGCAAAAGGAGGACUGCGCUGCAACUGGCAGCAACUAUGCUAAAGCUGAAGUUACGACAUGGGCUGAUUAUCCCUGUGAAACUGAAUUAAAUGCAAUUUGUGAAAAGAAGGCAAAUGAUUAGAGCAGAAAUCUCUUUUAACUAAAAAAUAUCAUAUGUAUUUUGUUAAUCUUAUCCAGGGUCAAGGCCAUGGUUUUAAACCAAAAUCAGCUAGUUUUGUAAAAAUGUUGCAAAGCAGUGAUGUUUUUUUAAAGGAAAUAAUCUGAAAUUGAAAAAGUCAGUCUCUCUUUUUACGUAUUAGGCUAGCUUCAGGCCUUUUUGCACAAGACCUAUGUAAUUGUGCCAGAUGUAGUUGGGAUGGACGUUUCUCUGAGACCUGGCAACCAUGUUUUUCAAACACACUGCAAAUCCAACUACAAUUUUUAAUUUUAACGUCAAAAUUAUUCCCCAGCUAUAUCCUGUGUCAUCAUCAUGCAUAACUUUAAAUUUCAGUGCUUUUUUAGUUUCAACUAUUUGCACUUGUUGCUAUGUACAGUGAAACCUUGACUUACGAGUGAAUCAACUUACGAAUUUUCCGAGAUACGAGCCGUCGCUCAGUCGAUUUUUUGCUUUAAGAUGCGAGCUGAGAUCUGAGUCAGUAGGUAGCCCAGCGAGCGGUCAGUUCACGUGGUUAUCUCUCCAGGUCGUGUGUUGGCACUGUGUAACGACACUUCCUCACUCAUUUUCCAAACAAUCUGAAAGGGAGGAAGAAACAAACCUCCUUGGACAGGUUUUUAUUGAAACGCCCUGCAAGUGAAAGCGAGGAAAGUGUGGCGAAAAAGGCAAAAGUCAGUGAAUAAGAAGAUUAAGUGAAGUAAAAAAAAUGUAAAAAGUAGCAAUUAAGUUUAGCGAUAAAGUGUAGCAUAGUGUGUAAGUUAAACUUAGCAAUUAAUUGUAGCAUUAAGUAUGUAGCGAGUAAGUUAAGCGAUACAGCACAAAAUUAAAAACUCCGCCAACCUCCUCCACCAAUUUCCUUCACCUCCGCUAGCAUCUUCGUCUGAUCUUCAACAUAAAUACACUUAAUAAAACCAGUUUAUUUCUUUACAUUCUCUUUUAUUAUGUAUUAUUAUUUGUUUAUACAUUAUUUGUUAUUUAUAAAGUACAUUUUUUCUUAUUUAAAAACACGUAACAAAAAAAAUUGGUGUGGUUUUUGGGGGGCUGGAAUGGAUUAAUAGCAUUUCAAUUCAUUUUAAUGGAGAAAUUUAAUUUGAUAUACAAGCAAACUGAGUUACGAGCUUGGUCACAGAACCAAUUAAACUUGUAAGUCAAGGUAUUACUGUAUUAUGCAGUGACAAGUCAUAUCUAUCUAUCUAUCUAUCUAUCUA